GUUAUCGAAUCAUGCUUGCUAUCUGAAGAUGAUUGAACGUGCCCAAGACCACAAGUGGAUUAUUUGAAGCCGAAAAGUUUCUGUUGUACACAUGAAGUACUAUUUUAAAGAGAUCAGGUUUCAUUUCUUCAACAGACAGCUGUAGGGUUCGUUUUAAAUCAAUUAGGAAGGUUGUCAGAUCAUAGCUUGGUAUACUGGAGUAUCCGGCUGGCAGAAGCACACUGUAACCUAGAACCUCAAGCAUAUCUUCGAAAUGAUAUGUUGUCUCGCCAAUAAAGCCAGUAAUAUAUUUAGAUUUAUAGGUAUCAGUCAACUGAAAUGUGGGACGCAGACAAAAGUAUUAUAUGUUCGGCACAAAAUGACUAUACGGGGUCUCCGAACUACCCAGAGUUUAUCCCAUGGAGAAUUCGAAUGGAAAGAUCCAGAAACAGAAGAUGAAGUGGUAAAUAUAACUUACAUUGAUAAGGAUGGAAAUAAGAUACCUGUAAGAGGUAAAGUUGGAGAUAAUGUUCUAUACCUUGCGCAUCGGCAUGGGAUUGAUAUGGAAGGAGCAUGUGAAGCAUCACUGGCCUGUACCACUUGUCAUGUGUAUGUUCAUAGAGAUUUCUUGGAUAAGUUGCCUUCUCCAGAAGAGAAGGAAGAUGAUCUCCUGGACUUAGCCCCUUUCUUGAAGGAAAAUUCAAGAUUAGGUUGUCAAAUUAUUCUGAAAAAGGAAUAUGAAGGAAUGGAAUUGCAGCUGCCACAAGCAACUAGAAAUUUUUAUGUUGAUGGCCACAAACCAUCCCCUCAUUGAGCAAGGAGAUUGAUGCAGCACAUCAGUUCAGUGGACAGUGAGGUCAUUGAACCUACAUUUGUUAUGACUUGUGUGACUAUUGGCUGCUGGAGCAGUGUGAUAGGCAAAAGGCUUAUUAAUCUUGUGCAUUUUUAUUGUAGUUAUUUUUACUGACUAUUAGUGAUCUUAAUGCCAUUUAUAUUCCACUUUCUUAGAUAUAUGUCAAACAUUGCUGAUAUUCAUUUACAUACAUAUAUAUGAGUGAAGUUAAUUAUUCUAUAAACAAAGUAAAGGUGAAAUUAACUGAUAAAAAAUGUAAAUAGUAUUAUACCAUGGAAGUUAAAUGUAAACUGAACUUAUCUGCAAUAAUACCAGGAGUUUGAUGUAA